GCAACCACCGUCGGACCGGGACUUUGCCUCAGCCUCUACCAGCUCAGAGGCGAGCUCGGCCCUCCAUCCUCCUCCUUCCUCACUCCUCCUCCCACUCCCACCCCCGCCGCCAUUGGGCGAAUAGCCAGUAAAUACGUGCGCGUCUCGCUGCCUCCCCCGGCGGCCGCCCGCUCCCUGCCCGCCGCCGGAGUCCAGCAGCAGCAGCAGCAGCCCGAAGCCCAGCAGCAGCAAUUGAAGCCUCAGCAGCUCCAGGCCGCGGAGCCGCCCCGCCGCCAGCCGACUCAGCCCCAGUCUCUGCCUCAGCAGCUCCUGCCUUUCCAGCACUCAUCGCCGCUCGACGCGGGGCCUCCGCAACAGCAGCUCCUGCCGCCGCCUCCUCCUCGCCCUCCUCCCUCAGCUAAGGCCCAGGCCGCCGAGCCUGAGCUCCCGCAGCCCGACAUGAACCAUCACCAGCAACAACAACAACAGCAGCAGCAGAAGCCCGGGGAGCAGCAGCUGAGCGAGCCCGAGGACAUGGAGAUGGAAGCUGGAGAUGCUGAUGAUCCACCAAGAAUUACUCAAAACCCAGUCAUCAAUGGGAAUGUAGCAAUGGCUGACGGUCACAACAACACAGAAGAAGACAUGGAAGAUGACACAAGCUGGCGGUCGGAAGCAACUUUCCAGUUCACUGUUGAACGUUUCAACAGGCUGAAUGAAUCAGUCCUAAGUCCCCCCUGCUUUGUACGGAACCUGCCAUGGAAGAUUAUGGUGAUGCCACGACUCUACCCAGACAGGCCGCACCAAAAAAGUGUAGGAUUCUUUCUUCAGUGCAAUGCUGAGUCUGAUUCCACGUCAUGGUCUUGUCAUGCACAAGCAGUGCUCAAGAUAAUAAAUUACAAAGAUGAUGAGAAAUCUUUCAGUCGCCGUAUCAGCCACUUGUUCUUUCAUAAGGAAAAUGACUGGGGCUUUUCCAACUUUAUGUCAUGGAGUGAAGUUACUGAUCCAGAUAAAGGCUAUAUAGAAGAUGACAAAGUAACUUUUGAAGUAUACGUUCAAGCUGAUGCUCCACAUGGCGUGGCGUGGGAUUCCAAGAAGCAUACAGGAUAUGUAGGACUGAAGAACCAGGGAGCAACCUGCUAUAUGAACAGCUUAUUACAGACAUUAUUUUUCACAAAUCAGCUACGAAAGGCUGUGUACAUGAUGCCCACAGAAGGAGAUGACUCAUCAAAAAGUGUUCCUUUAGCAUUGCAGAGGGUGUUCUAUGAGCUUCAGCAUAGCGACAAACCAGUAGGAACUAAGAAGCUGACAAAAUCCUUUGGAUGGGAGACGUUAGACAGCUUCAUGCAACAUGACGUUCAGGAACUAUGUCGAGUGUUGCUUGAUAAUGUUGAAAAUAAAAUGAAAGGCACCUGUGUAGAAGGCACUAUCCCUAAAUUAUUCAGGGGGAAAAUGGUGUCUUAUAUCCAGUGCAAACACGUAGACUAUCGUUCUGAACGAAUAGAGGAUUAUUACGACAUUCAGCUAAGUAUAAAGGGAAAGAAAAGCAUAUUUGAGUCCUUCAUUGAUUAUGUUGCCGUGGAACAGCUGGAUGGGGAUAAUAAAUAUGAUGCAGGAGAACAUGGUUUGCAGGAGGCAGAAAAAGGUGUAAAGUUCUUAACGCUGCCACCAGUGUUGCAUCUACAACUCAUGAGGUUCAUGUAUGAUCCCCAGACUGACCAGAACAUCAAGAUAAAUGAUAGGUUUGAAUUUCCAGAUCAGCUGCCUCUUGAUGAAUUUUUGCAAAAAACAGACCCUAAAGAUGCUGCAAACUACAUACUUCACGCAGUGCUAGUUCACAGUGGAGAUAACCAUGGUGGACAUUAUGUCGUUUACUUGAACCCUAAAGGGGAUGGAAAAUGGUGUAAAUUUGAUGAUGACGUUGUAUCUAGAUGUACAAAAGAAGAGGCAAUUGAGCAUAACUAUGGAGGCCACGAUGAUGACCUAUCUGUACGGCACUGUACCAAUGCGUAUAUGUUGGUUUAUAUCAGGGAGUCAAAAUUAAGUGAGGUUUUGCAAGCAGUCACUGAUCAUGAUAUUCCUCAGCAACUAGUAGAACGGCUGCAAGAAGAAAAAAGAAUAGAGGCUCAAAAGAGAAAGGAGAGGCAAGAAGCCCACCUCUACAUGCAAGUACAGAUAGUAACAGAGGACCAGUUCUGUGGCCAUCAAGGCAACGACAUGUACGAUGAAGAAAAAGUGAAAUACACUGUGUUCAAAGUGCUGAAAAAUUCAACACUAGCAGAAUUUGUUCAAAACCUGUCUCAAACAAUGGGCUUUCCACAAGAUCAAAUACGGUUGUGGCCAAUGCAAGCCCGAAGUAAUGGGACAAAAAGGCCAGCCAUGUUAGACAAUGAAGCUGAUGGCAAUAAAACUAUGAUUGAGCUCAGUGACAAUGAAAAUCCAUGGACAAUAUUCUUAGAAACUGUAGAUCCAGAAAUGGCUGCUACAGGAGCAACAUUACCCAAGUUUGACAAAGACCUGGUCAUUCCUCCUCUGGUCACUGGUAUGGAUGCACGAACUGUCUGUCUGUCUCCAGGCACUGUCUGCAGUCAUCUCCAAGGGAUUCCCACACGGCAGGAUGAUGUAAUGCUGUUUCUGAAGAUGUAUGAUCCAAAGACACGGAGUUUGAAUUAUUGUGGACAUAUCUACACACCUAUAUCCUGCAAAAUACGUGACUUGCUGCCGGUUAUGUGUGAAAGAGCAGGAUUUCCCCAAGAAUCUAAUCUUAUCCUCUAUGAGGAAGUUAAGCCGAAUUUAACGGAGAGAAUUCAAGACUAUGAUGUUUCCCUUGACAAAGCUCUUGAUGAACUCAUGGAUGGUGACAUCAUUGUGUUUCAAAAGGAUGACCCCGAGAAUGAUAGCAGUGAGCUACCAACAGCAAAAGAGUACUUCAGAGACCUUUACCACCGAGUUGAUGUCAUCUUCUGUGACAAGACCAUCCCCAAUGAUCCCGGUUUUGUUGUCACGUUAUCCAACAGAAUGAAUUAUUUUCAGGUUGCAAAGACAGUCGCCCAAAGGCUGAAUACAGACCCUAUGCUACUACAGUUUUUCAAGUCCCAAGGUUACAGAGAUGGCCCAGGUAACCCUCUUAGACAUAAUUAUGAUGGAACUUUAAGAGAUCUCCUGCAGUUCUUCAAGCCUAGACAGCCCAAGAAACUUUACUAUCAGCAGCUUAAAAUGAAAAUCACAGACUUUGAAAACAGGAGAAGUUUUAAGUGCAUAUGGCUAAACAGCCAGUUUAGAGAAGAGGAAAUAACACUAUAUCCAGACAAGCAUGGGUGUGUACGGGACUUAUUAGACGAAUGUAAAAAAGCUGUAGAACUCGCUGAGAGAGGUUCAGGGAAAUUAAGGCUGCUAGAAAUUGUAAGUUACAAAAUAAUUGGUGUCCAUCAGGAAGAUGAAUUGUUAGAGUGUUUAUCACCAGCAACAAGUCGAACGUUUCGAAUAGAGGAAAUCCCCCUGGACCAGGUAGAUCUAGAUAAGGAGAAUGAGAUGCUUAUCACAGUGGCUCAUUUCCAGAAAGAGGUUUUUGGGACGUUUGGCACUCCUUUCUUGCUAAGGAUACACCAGGGUGAACACUUUCGAGAGGUGAUGAAGAGGAUUCAGACAGUGCUGGACAUCCAGGAGAAGGAAUUUGAAAAGUUUAAGUUUGCCAUUGUAAUGAUGGGUCGACACCAGUAUCUAAAUGAAGAUGAAUAUGAAGUGAACUUGAAAGAUUUUGAGCCCCAACCUGGCAACAUGUCUCAUCCCAGGCCAUGGCUAGGGCUUGACCAUUUCAACAAAGCCCCAAAGAGAAGUCGCUACACGUACCUUGAAAAAGCUAUUAAAAUCCAUAACUGACUUACCCUCUCCAGUUUGUUCGAGGCAAAAGGGGCAACAAUGUGUGUGUGUGCGUGUGUGUGUGUGUGUGUGCGUGCGUGUGUGUGUGUGUGCGCGCACCUUUUUAACAACUGUAGGACUUUUGGUACACGUGCACUCGAUCGGAAGUCUCCAGCAAGAGGAUUUGCUGCUGAUUUAUUAAUUUUAUUUUGAGGCUGUUCAGUUUGGCUUCUCUGUAUCUAUUAUUGACUGCCCUUUCUUUUUUUUUCUUUUUGAGCAAAAAUGAAGGUGUUUUAUAAAAGCUUGGGUGCCAAUGAGAGUUUUUAUGGGAAAUGUAAACAAAGUGAGAUUGUCAGCAUAACAAGGAAAGGGUUGAGUUAGAGCAGUUGACAUUGGCGAAAUAUUGUCUGUAGUACAUGAACUGGACAGCCUUUUCUGGCUGACCUCCCCCUCCCUUGCCCUCCCCUCCUUCCUCCCCCUCUUCCCAAAUGCGUGGUACCUGCCAUCACUGCAGCUAGUUGGCGCUAUGGUUAGGCUCACGCCCAAUUUAUUUCCUUCAGUUAUAUACUUUAAAUGACAUUUUUGUGCAUUUGUAAAUGCAAAGAGAAACUCACAUCAUCAAUAAAUAGCAAUCUCUACUUCA